UUAUAUUUAUUACAAUACAUGAUAUGUACUUUUUGUUUUGUGGAGCGCUGUGAGAUUUCACCCAUAUAAAAUAUGUGGCUUGGCUCACCAAAUGUUAGGAUCGGUACAGCGACAAGUGCAGCCGUGUAGUAUAACUCCUCGCGAACAUAUUUUCAGGUAAGCAGACUUGCAAUGUGCGAAAUGACGACGCUGCUGGGAUGCCCGACUGAGCCUGUGCGGCUGCUGUAUAAAAGCCGCCCCAGCGCAUUCGGAGCUGUUCUUCUCGUGAGCAACGUGAGACACGCGUGUACAUCAUCAUCAUCAUCAUCAUGUCUCCGUCUGGGCGCUCACAAGUUCUCUUCCUCGUCCUCCUCUCCCUCUCGCCCCGCACGAUGCUCAGCCGCCACAUCGAGGAGGACCCCCCUUCUGACGGAUUAUAUUCUCUUCUCGGUUUGGAGCAGAAGAGCGAAUCGGAGGACUUCAUUUUCAAACGACCUCUCAGAUGUUUGGACAUGUUGGCCACCGAGGGUCACUUCACCUUCGCGGCCGCGGCCGAGGCGCCGCAUCAGCUGGCCUGCGCCGCCUUCGUCAUCGGCGAGCCCGACGAGGUCAUCGGCCUGGAGCUGUCCGACGUCGACGUCGACUGCGACGCCGGCGACUUCAUCAAGAUAUUUGACGGCUGGGUUUUGAAGGGCGAGAAGUUCCCCAGCAGCGAGGACCACCCGCUGCCUCUGCAACGGCGCUACACAGACGUCUGCUCGUCAGCAGCGGCGGCCCGCGCCACCCGCUCGUCUCAGAACGUCGCCAUGGUCUUCUUCCGCGUCCGCAACCCCGACAGCGGCUUCACCCUCGUCGUGAAGAAGUUGCGCAACCCGUUCCCGUGUAACGUAAUGUCUCAGAGCCCGGAGGGCAGCUUCACCAUGGUGAUGGCGCAUCAGCACAGGAACUGCAGCUUCUCCGUCGUCUACCCGGUGGAGAUCCAGCUGACGCAGCUCAGCCUGGGGCACGCCAAAAGCAACCAGCUGGGGCCCAAGGCGAGGCUGUCGUCUGGAUGUCGGGGUUCCGGCGACUACGUAGAAGUGCUGGGCGGAAACGGGGUGGACACGUCGCACAUGUUCCCCGUCGCCGAUCUGUGUUUUCCUCUCAUUGGGCUCGCCCAGAUGAAGAUCGGCUGCGAUAACUCGGUGGUGAGGCUGGUGUCCAGUGGCAACUACGUCAACCGAGUGUCUUUCCGCUACAGACUACUCCGACGCGACCGGCUGCCCGAGGCCCACGAGAACGCCGUGGACAACGUGUGCAAUGUGGAAUGAAACGGCAUAAGUCACACAAAUCGUCAAUGAAAUUUCAUUUUAUCUUUACUAGUAGGUAUUCAACUCAUUCGCUGCCGUGGACGUUCAUAUUGGUCAACUGAAAUCUCAACCGUUUACUCCCAAUCGCGUACAAAUCAGGUUUGGAAACUCAGCGCUUUUAAAUGAUGAUUAACAAAUCGCUGUAGAUGGCGGCCUUGCGUUGCUUUACAGUGUUCGGGUACAAGAUAAAGAUUAGGCAGGUGAUGGAAUUUUUUUUUUUUUUUUUUUUUAACCUCGAUUACGAGUGAGAGAAUUGCCAACAACGAGUUCAGCCACCUCACACUCAAACAGAACAUAAAGUAUAUACUAGAUGUAGGGUUCAAGCGGAGUACAAUCGGGACGCCCAGUAGUCAUGCAAGAAACCAAUGACGUUCAACUCGAGUCACGAAGCGAGGUCGGCUCCCUCACGGCAUGUUUCCUAGUUGUACAUCUGUCGAGAAAUGAUUUUUGCUAGUCUUAUUGUUGUUGCUUUAUAGUUUGAGAUGUCACAAAAGGAACAUAAAGAAGUAGAAGAAGAGUGUCUGCUUGACAUGUUUGUUCUCACGAAAACCUCAUUUUCUCCACAUUCUGGUCAGAAACUGAAAGACUUUUUCUUGUGGAAGAAAUGAAGUUGUUUUGUUUGGUACUGUAAUUAUACCGUCGCGAAACCCAACAUUCCGUAAGUCUUGAUAGAGCAGCCGAAAGUAACGCGCUUGGCCAAUAAAGCUGGUUCUGAUUCUGAGAAGACUGUAAAACAGCUGGCAGUGAAUGAGUUAAUUUACACUCCGGAUUCUUACCUUUACUUGAUGUGAAACGCUCAAGAUAAUUAUCUUAUUCUUUUAAACUUGUGCUUCAUCUUACUUAC